GAUCCUCUGCUGGCCUUUGUCGCUUCCCUGGCAAUAAAGGAGUUCAGUCUCUUUCGUGCACACAGUUACCCCGGCUCUCAGGCUCGUCUUCCAGGAAAUAUACAAGACAACACGUCCAUUUGUUGAGUAAGUAGGAAUCCUAAACGACGCCCUAGCAUAUAUUGUUCGUCUGUUGAAAUAGAGGUUUUGCACAGAAAUCCUGAUGGAGGCAGACAUUAAGUGGCUCUGGAAGAAGACUCAAACUGAAGAGUUUUACGAACCUUACACAACGAGCUAUGAGGUCGUCCUCGGCACUCGCCAACCCUUGCUCGAGGAUCACUUCACUUGCGCCCUUAGACACCUCUUCAGAAAAGUACCGGUUUUACGAACGUGUUAUGGAGAGCGAAACGGCGAAAUGUGGCUCAGGGAGAUGUCUCAGGAAAAAAUCGACUUCCAGGUGAUUGAAAAUGUUACAAGAGAAGAUGUACACAAAGAACUGCAUCGGUACAGCUUUGAUAUGAACGGUCCUCUGUGGUGCGUCAAACUAUUACGAGGAAGUGUGGGUGGUGACAGCGUGCAAGAGUAUCCUCACGUAUACACUGUGUUUAUUGGAAUCCAUCACGUUAUCACCGACGGAACCACCAAUAUGAUGAUCUGCGGCUUCCUCGUCCAAGUCCUCGAUGACGUGAUUGCAGGAAGACCCAUCAGUGAUGAACAGCUUGCAGUCUUCGUGUCACCUGAGAAGACAGAUGCGAUAAUAAAUAAGAAAGUAGAAACACUGCGGGCUAACUCCGAACUUCUAUUCCGUCAAAUAAAGGAGUUUCAAGCUUGGCAGCAGAAGUCACUCUUCAAAUCGACUUACAAGAAAAAUGAAGACACGACACUUACAACGGGCUUCGAAACCAUAGAUUUUGACUAUGACACCACAGCUUCUUUCCUUCAGCGGUGUCGUGCUGAAGGCGUUACAGUCAACUCAGCUUAUACGGCCAUCGCUAACCUAGCUAUGAUGGACCUCCUAAUAGAUGGAGGGCUUGGGAAGGACACGUACAAUAUCCGCAGCGACCACGUCUUCAAUGCUCGUAGGUAUUGGGGAGAAGACUCUGGUGGUGAAUACCUGGGGUGUCACGUGAUGCCACUCGUGCCUGUGACGGUCGAAACGCCCAGAAACGCUCGCGAAAAUAUCUGGAACUACGUAAGACUGACGAAUUGUGAACUCAGAAAGAAGAUUACGACAGAUGCUGCAUUACAAGAAGAAGCAAUUAAGAAAUGCAUACCCGAGUACUCUGGUGUUUUUGAAUUCGAUUAUACUGUCUCCAACAUGGGAGACGUAACACGUUUGGUAAUGAAAGGUAGUCAAAAUGUACAGCCAAUUUAUAUCUUUAGGUCUGCCGCCAUACACACUGUUCCUGCUACUUUCUGUCAUUUUGUCCACACUUUUCGUAGUCGUCUUGCCGUCAACAUUUUGUACAGCACAGAACGCAUUAAACCAGAGACAGCAAAACAGUGUGGUCAGUUGAUAUUCAAAUAUCUGCAUGCAUCACUUCGUGAGUCUGAAUGAAAGGGACUGAAGAAUCUACGAAGGCAUUCUUUAAGGCAGACGGAUGUUUU